CCAAAACUGAGAAACAUAAAAACCAAAGGUUUCCCUCUGAUCAAACAACCAUAUUGGGAAAUAAGAAAUUUCGUUAUUGUCCAUUUUGGGGGACAUUGAUUGGAAGAGGAAAGAACAUUCGCAAAGUUAAACCCUCCAAAGAUAGCAGCCAGGAGAAAAGCAUAAAAAAACAGAGCAACUAAUAUGAUCCCUUUAAUAGGCAAAGGUUCAAUCUUUUUAGCCGAUAAUUGUCUUCCCAGCAUUUUUAUACACUAGAAGAAAAAGGGUUUUUUUUUCUAAAAAAAAAAGGGUUUGGGUCUUUGAAGUUAUGAGCAAAGAAGAAGAUGAUGAAUUAGAAAACAGGGAAGGGUUAAAACCAUCGUCAGGGCCGUACAAAUGGCUGGUGAGCUUCCAUCGUGAUCUGAUGGCGGGAGCGGUGAUGGGUGGUAUGGUGCACACGAUCGUGGCACCGAUUGAGAGGGCAAAGUUGUUGCUUCAAACCCAAGAGAGCAAUUUGGCUAUUGUAGCCGGUGGGAGAAGGAGAUUCGAAGGGAUGCUUGAUUGUAUCUUCCGUACAGUUAGAGAAGAAGGCAUUCUUUCUUUAUGGAGAGGCAAUGGGAGUAGUGUUCUCAGAUAUUACCCUUCUGUUGCUCUUAAUUUCUCCCUCAAGGAUUUGUAUAGAAACAUAUUAAGAAACAGCUAUUCUCAAGAUGGUCAUGUAUUCUCUGGAGCAUCUGCCAACUUUAUUGCCGGGGCUGCAGCUGGGUGCACAACAUUGAUCUUAAUCUACCCACUUGACAUUGCUCACACCCGCCUUGCUGCCGACAUUGGGAGAAAUGAUGUUCGACAAUUUCGAGGUAUAUACCAUUUCUUGAGUACCAUACGCAAAAAAGAUGGAAUUCCGGGAAUUUACAGGGGUCUUCCUGCCUCUCUACAAGGGAUGAUUGUUCAUCGGGGUCUAUAUUUUGGAGGAUUUGAUACAAUGAAGGAAAUUUUGUCAGAUGAAUCCAAAACCGAAUUGGCAUUAUGGAAGCGUUGGGUGGUGGCCCAGGCUGUGACAACAUCAGCCGGAUUGUUGUCAUAUCCAUUAGAUACGGUUCGAAGGCGGAUGAUGAUGCAAUCUGGCUUGGAACAACCAAUGUACCAUAGCACACUGGAUUGCUGGAAGACGAUUUAUAGGACUGAGGGGAUGACAUCAUUUUACCGUGGUGCUGUGUCUAAUGUUUUUAGGAGCACUGGUGCUGCGGCCAUAUUGGUUUUGUAUGAUGAGGUCAAGAGGUUCAUGAAUUGGGGUGGAUUGUAGUUGGAAGCAUUUUUUGAUAGUUUUCUUUUUGAACAAAAGGAUUAGAGUAAAUGAGAUUCAGGAUUACAACAGGAAAAACCUUGUAAAGCGCAAUCGAGAUUGAUGCCCUCAAUGCCAUGGUAUGUACUAGAUGGCAUUCAUUUACCACAUUUUGUUGCAAAAGCUUUGGCGAUUCACAUCUUGGUUUUCCUUGACGAAUAAAAGAGCAAGUUCCUGCUCAAUGUUGUGUUCGAGGUCAUUAUCAAAUUUCUGUUCUUUUCUUUACAAUUCUGUCUCUGGGAAUGAGGAUAAAAUGGGUUCUGUGCAGUUGAUUCUUUCAUAUCAACAAUCCACGUUCCAGUGUCUGGUAUUUACUUGUGGUUAUCCAGGAGCCAAAACCACAUGAGAAUUUCCUUUCCUUGCUUCAUAACUUGUUCCAAUAUAUCUCAAGAAAGUCAAUAUUAUGGUAACAAAAUAAUUUUCCCACGGAUCUCAUUCUAAAAGUAGUUUUCUUCUGUAUGAUGCUAGGGCCUAGGGGCAGAGACUGCAGCAAAAACAAUAAGAGAAAAACAAUAAGUCUUCACUUUUCCUUUGAUCUCAGAUUCAGUCUCCAGUUACUUUUUCUGCUAAUUCCUGGCUCACCACAAACAAUGGAGCCAAACGAAAAU